CAUAUGCCUUAUAACUGCAGGGUUGAUGUAGUUGAUGUAGUUGAUAAGAUGUAGUAUCUGAUCUUUUGGCUCACUGAAUUUCAACAUAAAUUGAAUUAAGAGCUUCAUCAGAACUCUUACAAAAAAGUUAGGGCAUUGAUUGGGAGUGAGACCCUGAAAAUUUACAUGGGAAUACAUUUGGAUAGAUUUAGGACACCCUUACCCCCAGCCACGUUGAACCACUCUUGCUAACAGAAACAGCACCUCCUCCCAUUUGAUAAGGCCGGCCACCUCCACCUUAGAGACACUGCAAUGACUUCAUGUGAGUAAAUUACAUUAUAAGGGCAUACCAAUUCUCUGCCUGAAUCACCCCCGUCUUCACUGCCUCUAGACCUAAUAACUAGAGUAAGAUCCCAGCACGCUCUAGGACAGGUGCAAAGUAUAACCCAGGGGUAGAAGGCUUCCUUACAAAAAGAACUGCAAGAUUUUGCUGAUCUACAUUGGAAGGAACAAGGGGUAUAUAUAUAGGAUGGGAUUCAAAGGAUUCUUGAUUGGGAAGGCUUAGUCCCAAAUUUAUCAACAGUACACUUGCUAGAAAUUUGGAAUUCAGUUUGCUGGUUCAGGCAGGUGGGAAUGAUUCUACAUGUUUACUGGGUUGUUUUAAACCUGAACGCAAUAGUGGACCACACUAAAGGAGAUUGAUAUGUCAGAAAUUCCUUGGCCUAAUGUGGAGAAAGGAAUUCAAAGAGAGAGGGCUUUAGAGAAUAACCCCUUCAUCAAGACAUUGAAAAAUAAAUUGUGAGGGGAACACCCAUAUCCUCGAAAAACACUGUAACUGGCUGUCCUCUUUUGGCUGGGGAAAAGUGGGAAGUACUGCAACUCAAAAGUUGUUAUUGUUGUUUUUCCCCUGACUUCAACAGGGAUGAUGAAACCCAGAGAGGCAGAGGCCUGGUAGAAGCACUUAUGCAACAAAGACAAAUAGACAUCAGGGGCAUAGAGCUAAUAAGAAUGGAUUGACCUGCGGGUAUCUUUGGUGGUGGCUCAUUUUUACAGGCAUCCCCGCGACUGAAAUUGCAUAGCAGCCAGCUCCUUUGUCCAACCCACACCCACUUCAUCUGUAGUCCCCCUCCCCCCAAAUCUAGGUUUGGUGAAUGAGGCCCUGCCUUGUGGAACCGUUAUGGAGAAUUAAGCCUCCUCAGCUAGUUCCCAGGAUGCCCAUCCUCACCAGCUCCAGGCCAGGUACCACACCAAGAAGGGCAGGGGCGUCAGAAAACACCCGCCUUUUAGAACCAACGUUAAAUUGCAAGGUCCCUAGCAAGGACAGUCUCCUCAGAUGUACCCUUACCCCUCGGACCUGGGCAGCGUUCUGGCUGGACACAGUCUGGCGUGAGGAUCUGAGAGCGCGACCCUGUACUCUCAGGCAGGAGAUUUCGUGGGCAGGGGCACGCAGAGCGCUGAGGCCGUCGCUGAGCCCAUGGCGUCCCUGGGCGGCCCCUGCAGCCUCCUGGUCUGGCUUCUUCUUCAGGGCUGGCUCAGGGAGGCCCCAGCGGGUGGGUCAGUGACGCCCUCGCCCACUUCACCCCUCUCGGGAGGCGGCCUCGAGGACCCCACGGCGGACCAGCCAAGCCCUGGAGGGGGCUCAGGGACCCCCAAGUUGGUGGAGUUUAGCCCAUCGUGGGGCCAAGUGUUCCUGAAAAUCGUGGGAGGAAAUCAGAGUGAAGAAGGGAAGUGGCCCUGGCAGGUGAGCCUGAGGGUCAGUGGCAGCGUGUGCGAAGGUUCCCUCAUCACAGCUCAGUGGCUGCUGACUGCAGCCCACUGUAUUUUAAGCUGUUACCGCUGCAGUGUCAUGAUGGGAAAUCGGAGUGUCUAUGGUGAAAUCUCAGGGUUGGUGGUUCCUAUCAGCCGAGUCAUUGUUCACCCUCAGUUCUCAACACGUGGAACUGUUAAAUAUGACCUUGCUCUUCUCCGGCUCUUCUACCCUGUAAAUUUCACUGGGGUCAUCCAGCCUAUAUGCAUCCCUGAGAAGACUUUCCAGGUGGAAGCUGGGACCAGGUGCUGGGUGACUGGAUGGGGCAAGCAACAAGAAUUCAGUGGCCCGUUUGUCUCAGUCUUUCUCUGGGAGAUGGACCAAUAUAUCAUCUACUAUGAAGAAUGUAAUGGGAUGAUCCAGAAGGCCAUGCCAGCAGAUAAGGAGGUAGUACUGGAAGGAGUGCUGUGUGGCUAUAAUAGUAUAGGAAACGAUUCUUGUCAGUUAAGUUCAUGGGGAGAUUCUGGAGGUCCCCUGGUCUGUCAAUUUACUGACUCAUGGGUCCAGGUGGGGAUUGUGAGCUGGGGUGUUCACUGUGGUCACACAGAAUUGCCUGCAGUUUAUACAGAAGUUAGUUACUACAAAGACUGGGUCAUUGAUCACAUCAUUAAGGUGUCCUCUUGUGGCUCAGCAGGGUUCUUUAUCCUAACGCUGUGUCUGGUGCUGCCUCUGGGCAUCCUGCCGACCCCGUGAUCACCCUGGCCCACACUCCCUCCUGUUUCUGAAUCUCACACUAGCUGUGCCUCUGACCUUCCAUUCCUACUCAAUGCACUUUCCUCAAACCUGUUUGGGAUCCACUGACCCUGUGGAGAUCCACAUGACAGAGAGUGGCAGCAAGAAAGGAACCCUGGAAGUUUUCCAGUCUGGUGCUCAAGGAACCGGCCUCAUCCACACCUACACCGUGACUGUGCUCUACAUGCCGGAAAGGAGUGGGUGAAACCAUCCCAGCUGGAUGGCCAGUGACCUGCCAGGUGAUGCUUCAUGAUGCUUCAUCCGCAUCUUGGAGAACACCUAGCAAAGGAGGGACAUCAUCUCCGGUGAAACAGCGUUAGACCUGACACUUUAUCAAACCAGUCCGCUUGGUGAUGGUUGGGAGAGAGUGAGGAGGCAUCACCAUGUCCACACCUGACUCGGCUGUCUGGGUUGGGAGAAGGUCCCCGGCUGCCCAGUGCGGAUGCAUCUGUGAAUGUCCAGCGUCUGCCACACAAGCCCUGCUGGGGCAACUCAGUCUAGGAACCCCCUUCCCAGUGCUCCAGUGGCCACAUUCAGGCUCACCCCAAGUUGUGUUGAGGCAGUUAUGGAGUAUGGAGAUUUCUGAUGUCAACUGAAUAAAUGUUUGGUUUGUUCUUUUUUGUUCUUAUGCUCUGCUCUCCUUGGGACUGUGGGGUUGCAUAUAACAUGCUCUGUAGAAAACAAUUUUCUCAUUUGGCUUAGAAACUAUUCAUGGUUCUUAUUAAGCCCUAGAGGGAGAGAUGAGUCUAAACCUGCUCAUUUGUGAGUCUAAGGAUGGUUUUAGCCAGCUGGGUCCUGCUCCCUGUACUCCUGUUAUAGUCAUCAGCAUGUCUGCGGGGAGCUUUGUAGCCUAAUUUCGUAGCCUUUAUAGCUCAGAGUAGAGAAUCAAGAUAGACUGGAACUAGGAGUAAGUAAAAUUAGGGCAUGAGCAAUAUUAUUCCUCCUCCCCUGCUUCUACUUGCUGCUCACCUCCACUCUUACCAAAGAUUGCAUUCCCAUAGGGAGGAUUAUAAGAGAGAUUCCCUAUAUUAGGUACUGGCUCUUUACCAUUUUUCCAGGACAGAGUGUCCCAGAGUCUCUGUGUCUUGCUGGUGAUUAAUUCCCUCUCAAUCUCCUGUCACCUGCCCUUCCAGGGGUCAGCAUUUCAGCUCCCAGAUAUCCCUGAGCUUCAGAGUGUAGUCUGUCUCAUGUGUUGCCCGAGGAAGGCUGGGGUUGAGAGACUUACAUGAAAUACAGUCUAUUAAUAAGUAUCGAGCCAGCUGCUUUAAGAAGCCACUGAAAAUCAAAACAGUGUGGUAGGGGCACAAAAACGACAUAUGGAUCAAUGGAACAGUAUAGAGAGCCCAGAA